AUGAGCCAAACACCAAUUGUUGUGGGUGCGACAAAGCCCUCCAAGUCCAGCCGCCAUUUCCUUUUCGGCUUAGGUUCGGGCAUGUCUACUGCUAUCAUACUACAGCCUCUCGAUCUUUUGAAAACGAGAGUGCAGCAGUCCGGUGAAGCGUCUUUGUACAGCUCGUGGCUAGAGCUACGUCGAUCUCCUAACCAGCUUCGCUCUUUAUGGAGGGGCACCCUUCCGUCUGCCCUUCGCACAGGAUUUGGCUCUGCGCUAUAUUUUUCGUCACUCAAUGCCAUUCGUCAGUAUGCAUCUCGGGCAAACGCGCCAAGGACUGGCGAGGGUGGUAUGACUGGCUCUACAGCAUUGCCCAAGCUUUCGAACACGACGAAUCUGUUCUCAGGGGCCGCGGCACGAACCUUUGCCGGCUUUGUACUCAUGCCUCUGACUGUUAUUAAAGUACGGUUCGAAUCCAACCUGUACUCAUACCCAUCUCUCUUCAGUGCUGUUAGGGACAUCCGACGACGGGAGGGCUUUCGCGGCUUCUUUUCCGGAUUUGGCGCUACAGCAAUCCGCGAUGCGCCUUACGCCGGUCUCUAUGUGCUCUUCUAUGAGAUGUUGAAAUCGCAACUCGGAGCCCUUGCAAAAAGUGGCUCAGACUCGGAUACCAAGACUGCUAUGGGCACUCCCUUGGCAAGCUCCAUAAACUUCGGCUCGGCGAUUCUGGCCGGAGCAGCAUGCUCUGCGGUGUCAAACCCAUUUGACGCAGUAAAGACGCGCAUACAGCUGCAGCCACAAAGAUAUCGAAAUAUGUGGCAGGCCUGGUAUAAGAUGAUUACGGAGGAUGGCUUCAGGUCUCUAUGGAGCGGCUUAGGAUUACGCAUGGGACGCAAGGCCCUCAGCUCCGCUUUGGCCUGGACCCUGUACGAGGAACUGAUUCGGCGAUACGGAUCAUUGUAA